CAGAAACACCUGUGCUGCAAGGGCCAGGGUGGGGGUGUGGGAUGAAGGCUGCAGAGAAGGAAGCCCAUGAUGCGCACUUCUGCGUGGAUAAACAGAACAUUGCCCUCUGGCCUCGAGAACCUCCUCCCAAGCAAGAUCCGUCUCUGGGCCUGCAGAAGUCUCUUGCCAUCCGUGUGGGUUUAAUCUGCUUGUCACUGGUUGUGGUCACCUCCAUCGUGCUGCAGGCCAUUCUCUAUCCCUGGCUUAUGGGCACAGUUUCCAAUGUAAAGACCAGUGCUGAGUUGCUGAAAGGUCGUGUGGACAACAUCAGCACCCUGGGUUCUGAAAUUAAGAAGAACAGUGGUGGUGUGAAGGCAGCUAGCGUUCAGAUCCAGACGGUGAAUGCCAGCUUGGAUAGUGUGCAUUCUCAAAUCCUGAUGCUGAAAACCAGCGUGGAAAAAGCCAAGGCACAGAUCCAGAGCUUAAGAAAAAAAUGGGAGGAAGUCGAUCAUUUAAAUACCCAAAUUCCAGAGUUAAAAAAAGAUAUGGAUAAAGCCAGUGCUUUAAAUGGAAUGGUCCGGGCGCUGCAGGGCAGGAUGGACAAUAUCAACAAAUUGCUCAGACAACAAAGUGACAUCCUGCAGAUGGUUUCCCAAGGCUGGAAAUUCUUCAAGGAGAACUUCUAUUACUUUUCUCGCACCCCAAAGACCUGGUACAGUGCGGAGCAGUUCUGUGUGUCUAGGAAUUCACGCCUGACUUCAGUUACCUCCCAGAAUGAGCAGGAGUUUCUGUACAAGACAGCAGGUGGAGUGCAAAGCUGGAUCGGCCUGACCAAGGCGGGGAGUGAAGGGGGAUGGUACUGGGUGGACAACACUCCGUUCAACAAGGGAAGUGUGAGUUUCUGGCUUCCAGGGGAGCCCAACAAUGUGGGGAACAGUGAACACUGUGUCAAUAUAAAGGUGUCCUCGCUCCAGUCCUGGAAUGAUGAUUCCUGUGACAUUAAGCUCUAUUUCAUCUGUAAGCAGCCCUACGUUCAGUCAGAACCAUGAUGGCCAGUCCCCAGUUUUACCCUGUGAGCUCCAGUGCUUGUCAAACUUGAGGAAAUGUCCUCCUUGUCCUUAGUACUCCAGGAUGACUUUGUACCUUAAUUUUUCUUGCUUCAGAAUUGUCCCCAAGUGUAUGUUGGAGGUCAUCUGCUUUGCUUGGGAAUUCUAUGACCCUAUAGGGGGCUGCUGGAAUGGGAAGGACUUGGGUUAAAUGGAAGAGGAAGGAGGAGAUGACUUAGAAGCUCAUCUUGCCUUGGUGAAGAAAAUCAGCACUCCAAAAUCUGUGCUAUCACUUUGCGCUUUCCCAUCCCUUUAGAGAAGCCUCACUUAUUUCACAUUCAAUUUACAUAAAGAAAUGAUCAUGGGCCGGGGAUAUGGCUCAGCAGCACAAGCACUUGCCUGGCAAGCAUGAGGUCCUGAGUUCGAUUUCUGAUACCAAAAAAAUAAAUAAAUAAAUAAAAAGAAAUGAUCAUGUUUGAGGAGAUAGGUAUCUUUAACCAGAUUGAAAUUUUACACAAUGGAUAUAUGUACUGAAACACAUGGUACCCCAUUAAUAUGUAUAAUUUUUGUUUUUAUGCAUCAGUUAAAAAUAAAUUUAAGUUUAAAAUAAAUUUUAAAAAGAACAGCAUGUAAAAAAGA